GUAUGCCAACGAGGUAGUCGUCAUGCUUUUUUUGAAAAGACCGACAUUUUUUGGAUCCUUCAAGAGGCAAAUAAUGGUUGGACCUUCGAAAGGGAUUCCAGCAAUAAGCAGUGUGCCACGUUUUGGGAAGCGCGUGGCAUCGAGUCCGCGUGAGCCUCGAGGAAAACUUGAACUAGAUCCAGGUUCAGAGUUACGUGCUGAAGCAAUCUGCAAAGACAGCUAUGGGUUUCUAAAAAAGCCGCUAUUUAUGGAGUCAUGGACGGAGUUUCAAAAGGAGCUAAAUCGGAUAGAGCUGCAAUGGUAUCUUGCACCUGGAUCAAAUGGCAUUAUAACUCUUAAAUUAUUUGAUCACCGGGAACAGGGUGACGGGUUGCUAUGCGAAUUGAAGGGAGAGGGAUCUAAAUGUAAACCGAUAGCCGAUUUUUUUGAAUGCUGUGGAUCUUUACUGACAGGGGUAUCUGAUACGCAUACAGUUCCUUUUAUUAAUGACUCGAGUGAAUUCCUUUUAGUUGCGAAUAGUGAAAGAUUUAUCGAUUCUUCUCACACGACACAAUCGGAGGAUUUAGCAAAACGGCAUGAUCUUACAUACACCAUUGGAUUAGGUACUAUGGUGAACCUUUCUGUUAUCGAUCAAAAAACUAACAUUCGGACUCCCUUAUUCCACAGAAUUUCAUUGCUAGCAUUUAAUUAUGCACUUUUAAGCUCGAUUCCGAUUUUUCUCAAAAGAAACGAUAUUGGGGUUCGAAACUUGGAUUUUGUUUCUAAGGAACAAAUGCAGCAAUUUAGAUUUGCAUGGUGCUUUAUAAGAAGUAGAUCUUCUAUGACUCCGGUUGAUGUAACAGAGCUGGAUUGUUUGUUACCUAACUAAAUAUAUAUACAUAAAUAUAUAUAUAUAAAUAUAUAUAUAUAAAUAUAUAUAUAUAUAUAUAUAUUA